CUUCUUCAAUUCAAUCUCUCAAUCCUUCUUCUCCUACAAAAUAUGUGGCACAGCCUCACUUCCUCUAAAACCAAACACGUCAGACCAAGAAUCAAAGCCACAGUUGAUAUUUCACCGCCGCCCGCGGCGCCUCUCUUCCCAGUUCUCUGAACAUGAAGGUCCGCGCCACAAGCUUAUCGUAUUCUGAUCACUUGUCACCUACAAAGUCCCCAUCUUUCGUAAAACUCACUGCUUUAUCCCUCAUAUCCCUCUCCUUCUUCUUCCUCCUCAGGUAUUUCUCUUUCAACCCCAUAACCGUGCUCCCCUCCUCCUUCUCCAUCCUUGACACCAUCACCGUCACCAUCAAUACUGGCACAACUGUGACCACCCAGUCUCAGCAGCCUGUUUCUCCGCCUGCGGCAGCUCGGCCAAGGUCGCAGGGGGAUUUCUUGGAAUGGAUGGGAAUUAUAGACGAGAAUGGCGUGAUGGCGGGGGAAUUUAUCGUUGGGGAUUUCGAAAGUGCCCUGGUGGAGACUGUGGCGAAUGAGAAUGAGGGAGGAGCAGAUAAAGACGAGGAUAGAGAGCUUGUAAAGGGAAAAUUUGAGAAAUUUGAAGUUUGUGAUGAGAACAUGAGCGACUACAUUCCUUGCUUGGACAAUGCGGAGGCUAUAUCGAAAUUGAGUUCGCCGGAGAGUGGGGAAAAGUAUGAGAGGCAUUGCCCGGAGAACCGGAAAAGAUUGGAUUGUGUGGUGCCCUGGCCCAAAGGGUAUAAAUUUCGAGUUCAUUGGCCGGAAAGCCGAGAUGAGGUUUGGGUUUCUAAUAUACCUCAGACUUCCUUGGUUGAUAACAAAGAAGGGCAGAAUUUGAUAUCAAGAAAUGGAAGUAAGUUCAUAUUUCCUGGAGGAGGAACUCAGUUUCCCAAUGGUGUAGAACAACAUUUGGAUCAAAUAUCCAAGAUGGUUCCAGAUAUUGCCUUUGGCAAACGCACACGCGUUGUCUUGGAUAUUGGUUGUGGCAUAGGAAGCUUUGGUGCUUAUUUGUCCAACCACAAUGUAAUCACAUUGUCUAUAGCUCCCAAAGAUGCUAGCGAUAACCAGGUUCAGUUUGCACUUGAGCGUGGUGUUUCUGCCAUGGUUUCUGGGCUUGCAACACGUCGGUUAUUGUAUCCUAGCCAAGCAUUUGAGUUGAUACAUUGUUCAAGAUGCAAAGUCAAUUGGAUCCGCGAUGAGGGAAUUUUGCUUCUUGAGGUGAACAGAAUGCUUAGAGCAGGAGGAUACUUUGUUCUAGCAGAACAGCCUGUUGACAAUCGAGAAAAAUCAAUCGAACAAUGGAGAGAAAUGGAGGAUCUUGCUAGUCGCCUUUGUUGGGAGCUUUUGAAGAAGGAGGCAGGCAUUGCUAUAUGGCAGAAGCCAUUGAACAACAGUUGUUAUCUCAACCGCAAUCCCACUGCAAAGCCUUCAUUAUGUGGAAACGACGAUGACCCCAAUGAUGUCUGGUAUGUGAAUAUGAAGGCGUGUAUCACACGUUUACCUGAGAAUGGCUAUGGAUCUAAUGUGACUGUGUGGCCUGCUCGCCUGAACUCUCCACCGGACAGGCUAUUUACCAUCAAAAUGGAUGCCAUCUUGUCUAGAAAGGAAAUAUACAAAGCAGACACACACUAUAUGUACGAUGUGGUUCGUGGAUAUAUUGGUGCUUUCCAUUGGAAAAAGUUCAGAUUCCGAAAUGUAAUGGACAUGAAAGCUGGAUAUGGAAGUUUUGCAGCAGCUUUAGUUGAUGCUGGGAUUGAUUGUUGGGUUAUGAACGUUGUUCCUGUCAGCGGUCCAAAUACACUCCCUGUUAUUUAUGAUCGCGGUCUCAUUGGUGUCAUGCAUGAUUGGUGUGAGCCAUUUGACACUUAUCCAAGAACUUAUGAUUUACUGAACGCAAUUGGUGUUUUCUCGGCAGAGAAGAAGAGAUGUAAUAUAUCAAACAUUGUGUUAGAAAUGGACCGAAUUCUGAGACCUGGAGGAAGAGUUUAUAUACGUGACCUCACACCUAUCAUUGAUGAACUAGAUGAAAUAGUGCAUGCAAUGGGAUGGGUGGCAUUCAAAUUCAAUGAUAGUGAAGGUCCUCAUUCUAACUGGAAGCUUUUAUCCUGUGAAAAACGCAUGUAGAUGGCGAACACCAGCCAAAUUGAUCAAACUGUUGACUUGGUAAUCAUAUAGUUACAAGUUCAACUUUCAGUAAAAGUGAUCUAUUGGUCUUAUUGAGUUGAGUCGGUCAGUUAUGGACAACUGGCUAGUUGGUAUAUCUCAUUUUAUUUCUUUGUAAUUUGUCAUAUAUAGUGUUGUCUUGUGUAAAUCCACAUCUCAGGUUCAAUUGAAAGAAGUAUGAAAGCCAGUAUUGAACCGAUUAAGGUGUACAAUACAAUACAAUACAAAAUACAUAGUACAUGAUUGUAAUA